ACUACACCCAGAACUGAGCCUCUACUUUAGUCAAUCCUCUUUGGGAAAUCCAUCCAUGAAGUUUUUCAAAUGAUAAUGACACUUGCCCACGACAAUGACGUGCAGGCGUAUUUGCUCGAGAGAAAAAAGCAUCUUCCAGGGAUGGAGAUUCCUGGAUAAACACUGGAAACCGCUAUCCACCACUUCCCAAGUAAGAGGGAAUAAAUCUAGGGAAUACGAGGGUCGAAAAUUGAUCGGGUUUUCCAUGGAGCAGAUUUACGAAGUGGUUGCUGACGUGGAGAACUACAAAAAAUUCGUGCCCUUCUGCAAAAAAUCGGAUAUCCUGUGGCGAGGAGAGGACGCAUUGAACGCCAGUUUAUCCAUUGGAUUUCCUCCCCUGAAGGAGAGUUACGUGUCAAAAGUAACGAUGCACAAGCCUUACUUCGUAAAAGCUGAAUGCACCGAUGGAAAAUUAUUCAAUCACCUGAACACAUUAUGGAUCUUCAGUCCUGGCUUGAAAAACAAUGCUGACACGUGUGUCAUCGAUUUUUCCCUGUCAUUCGAGUUUAAAUCACUUCUGCACUCUCAGUUAUCAAAUUUUUUCUUCAACGAGAUCGUCAGGCAAAUGGAGAACGCCUUCAUCGAUGAAGCCCACAGGAGAUAUGGAAGGCCCUGUAUCAAGACUGUAAGGCUGGAGAGAUAAUACAAAUAUCUUGAGUUACCCCGACGGAAAAUAUCUUUGAAAAAAUUCAAUUGUGAGCCAAUUUCGCGGAUAAUCUCUAAUUUAUACAAAGAUGUCCCUUUUAUCCAGGAUUUUUUCCAGAUAUUAGUUUUAUACGUGAUUUUUUAUGGGAUUGGCCCUUUUGAAUAUAUUUUUCAGAGUGUAAAUUUUUCCUGUCGGAUCAUUAGUUUUCUUUAGAAAAAUUGAUCUUUCAAUGCUGUGAUGUUAAAAAAAUAGUUACUACAGCCUCAGGCGUAGGGGGUGUAAAUAAAUGAAUUUUAAUUUAU